CAUGCUUUCCUAAAGUUAGGCUAUCAAUUUCUUUGUUUUGAUUUGCAUUUGCGUCACAGACGCAUCUGAAGAGUUCUUUGAUUGUGCUUGGUACUUUAUCACCCACUGUGAACAACGAGCAAUCCGAACUUUCUGCUUAGCGUGAAAGAAAAUGUGAAAGGAAUACUGCACACCUCCUACACGCAGUUUUUGCAAGAGCGGUUAAACUUUCUGUCGAGGUGAGCUUGCCUAGAUCGCUAGCUGUUCUGACAGGAACGCUUCGGCGCUCGUCCCCAGCUGGCGGUGGUCAGCGCAAGCGCAGAUGCUGAUUUGGUUGGUGCUGACGUUGCUGCCGUCCAGUGCCGCAGGUCCCGGAGUAAGCACUCGUUCACUGCAGCUUGUGCCAGAUACGGCGCGAAAUCCUGUUCCUCGGCCAGUGCUUGAUGGGAUGCCAAUUUGUCGAACCCGUGUGACGCCGACGCGAUGCCAGCGUGGCCGCUGGGAUAUCAGGUCUGCGGAUUGCUCUUGGCCUCCUGCCACUUCGCUGCAGUCAGCAUGGCGGUGCCUGACGAGCCAGAGUCCGAGCACAGCAACCAAAGUUUCUGCAGCAGGUACCACUGCUGUACUCAUGAGCCGGGCCAUCUGAAUAUGGACUGCUCGGCCCGGAACGCCUCCGAGCUCCAAGGAGUCUCGGUUCCUGAGCCCAUUACGUCGCUGUCGCUGCAGCACAACCGCAUAUCGCACCUCCAGCGAGGUUCCUUCGCGUCGGCGCCCACACUUUCGAGGCUGGACCUGUCGUACAACAACAUAGCUUCUAUGUCACGAGGCUGGUGGAUGCCGGUCAGUGGCAGCCGUAGUAACGCCACUUCGGGGCUCAGGUCUCUCUCUCUGUCCAACAACGCGAUGCGCAUCGUCAACAGCUCUUCCUUCCACGGACUGAACACGCUCGUGGCCCUCGACCUCAGCUACAACCGGAUUCGCAUCCUCAGCGGCGAAAGCUUCGCGGGAUUAACGAAUCUAGAGGAACUCGUGGUGGACCACAACCCAAUAUACUAUUUGCGGGAGAACGCCUUCACUCAUAUCUCGCGACUUCGCGUGCUUCAGAUGAACCACUUGGCACAUGUGGUAAUUAAUCCAACUGCCUUUCGUUUCGUGUCUGGCGUUAGGACUCUAGGGUUGGCCGGUAACGACCUCCGAGAAGUUCCCCAGCAGGCCUUCCGGACGCUGAAGUCGCUGCGUUCGCUCGAUUUGAGCCGAAACCUGUUUAGAGUCAUCGCCGGUUCGAGCCUGUAUGGCUUGCCGAUGCUGAGCGUACUGCGUCUCAACGACCUGCACGUGCUGACCAAGGUGGAUGCGCACGCCUUCGGACUCCUGCCCAGCCUGAAGGAGCUGCAUCUCAGCUACAACCCGAAGCUGACGGAGGUGGACCCGUACGCCUUCCACAGCGACUGGCACGGCCACUCAGUGCAGCUUGACGAGCUUCACCUGCGCCAGACGGGCCUGCGCAGCCUCUCCUCGAAGCUGCAGGAUUGGAACCGACUCACGGCCGUUGACCUGAGCGAGAACGCGUGGACGUGCGACUGCCGGCUCAGCUGGAUGGCGCCGCUGGUGGACAGGCUGCGACCCGACUACAGGCCCAGGUGCGCGGCGCCACUCGGCGUGCAGGGGCGUCCCGUGGGUGACUUGCUGCCUUAUGAGUUCUCGUGCGAAGAUGCCGGCUCGCCCGAGCUCACCUCGUCCAUCGUCAUGAUGUGCGUCAUCAUCGCAACGGCAGCAGUCACUUUCAUCGGCAUGGCCGUCUGCGAAUACUGCUCGCGCCGAGAGACACCAGGCUACUCGCGCUUUCGCGACUCCACCGCCUCAUCCCAAGAGGUGCACGCUUAGAGAGCGCGUGGUCUCCUGCGUGAAGAGUUCAUGCUGAGCUGUAUCAGUAAAUUGGCACAGAUGCCACUCUUACUGCGGGAAGAGGCUAGCCAUAGAAAGACAAACACGAAGGGGGGACAGUUACGCCGCCCAGAAGGAACACCUCUCCAGAAGUUCCAGCCCCAGCUCACUGUGACGUCCUGGAUUUUGAAGGCGUCUGCUCAGGUAUAUAAUAGAUUUCAGAUGGGCUUAACUGAAUCCUAAAAGAGCUACAGUCUCAACCUAGAGAGCUUUGAGAACUUUUACGGCGCUACAGUGGCCGAAAUGUGAGAAAACAUUGAAAUCCAUCACCUCGUAUAUAGUUGGCGUACCGCUGGCAGAGUUCUGG